AAACAAUCAUUGCUCGCUGCUGCUGCUGCUGCUGCUGUCCCGAAAUAAAAACACGGAAAACGGAGUCACCAGACGGUGAGGUGAAGCUCACAUCACAUCAGCAUACAAAGGAGACGCAGCGGCACGAAGAAACAAAAAAAAAACAGCACACGCACCCCAAAUCGACACCCGAGACACCCAACUCGCAUCCAAAACACCCAGCAUUAGAAGCAAAAUAUGAAGAUCAACGCGUCCAAGAUGGCGACCCCGAUCGAAGAGAAAGUUGAUCAGAAUCUGAAGACCCGCACCGGGAUGGUUAUGAUAAGCGAUGGCAAAAGCAAACCAGAGCUUGCCCGGCUGCAUCUGUCGAUGGAGAUGAUCACGAUCCAGAAGCAGGACACGACCACACCCGCCCCAACACCCACGAACGCCACACAUCCGCCUAUUGAGUCUAAGGAACGCAUGGUACAGAUCACGCGCCAGAAAGUGGGAGGCCUUGGACUGAGCAUAAAGGGUGGCGCCGAGCAUAAACUGCCGAUACUGAUAUCACGCAUCUACAAGGACCAGGCGGCCGACGCAACAGGUCAGCUGUUCGUUGGGGAUGCCAUCAUCAAGGUGAACGGUGAAUACAUCACAGCCUGUCCACAUGACGACGCGGUCAACAUUCUCCGGAAUGCUGGCGAUAUCGUGGUCCUCACUGUGAAGCAUUACCGUGCCGCUACGCCAUUCCUGCAAAAACAAUUAAGCCGAGAAACGCCCGAGUCGGACAAUGAUGCGACGUGCGCCGAGCUGAAGGCGGAUGAAAAUUGGAAAUCGGUCAACAGUAGCCGACCGGUGUCCAUCAGUUCCGAGCCGGAAAAUCGAUGGAUCGACUUGGUUUCGGUGCCCCUAAUGAUGGCGUACGUCACGAGGUACAUCUACGGCACGGACAAACUGCGACCGAAUGCGUUCGAGGUGCGAGGACUAAACGGGACCACAACCGGCAUCAUACACUGCGACGAUCUAGCCAUACUCAGCCAGUGGCUAAAGUACAUCACCGACAACGUGGUCGGACUGACCAGCCUGCAGAUGAAGCUGUUCAACCGAAACUUCCCCGUCGGCGAACGGAUCGAGUACAUGGGCUGGGUGAACGAGGGCGUCAUCAACAAUCACAUCUCCUGGCAGAGCUACAAGCCGCGCUUUCUGGUGCUGAAGGGUACCGAGGUGAUGCUGUUCGACUCGCCACCGCUCAACGUGACCGGCCUGACGAAGGCGAACGUGGCCUACAAGGUGUACCAGACGAUGUUCCGCGUGGUGAAGGAGUCGGAAACGGUCGACUCCCGGCAGCACUGCUUCCUGCUCCAAAGCUCCGGUCACGAGCCGCGCUACCUGAGUGUGGAGACGCGCCAGGAACUGCUGCGGAUUGAGAACAGCUGGAACGCGGCGAUCGUUACGAGCGUUAUCAAGCUCGGUCGCAAAACGUUCGCCGUGUCCCACCACGGCAAAACGGGCGGACUUACCCUAGACUGGCAGGCCGGAUUUUCCCUAACCGAGGGUGCGGAUGCGGCCGUUAUCUGGCAGUACAAGUUCUCGCAACUGCGCGGCUCCAGCGAUGAUGGCAAAUCGAAGUUAAAGCUUCACUUCCAGGACCACGAAACGCGCACCAUCGAAACGAAGGAGCUCGAGUGUCAUGUGCUGCAAAGUUUGCUGUUCUGCAUGCAUGCCUUUCUGACGGCGAAAGUUGCUUCCGUCGAUCCCACCUUCCUGAGCUCGAUCCAGCAGGCCUAGAACGGUAGGUCCGGCGGAUUACUUCCCAACCGGGGGUGCUGUGAUGUGCUUCUCGACCGCACGGGACAGUUCAAUGCUGGGCGUCCGGCACCGGACGGGACAACUUUCCCCGUUCCCAGUUCUGCGACUGGUUUGCUCACAGCGAACCAACCAAGUGUCCCGAGGUCGAGCGUCAAAUGCACAAACCUUCAGGAUGCUGCCCUGGGAUCCCUCGUCCGCGUGGGAUAGCCAUUGUCAACCGAGAGCUUACAGACUUCAACGAACUGACCCCAGAUGUCAUCGCGCAAUACGAUUAAUUAAACGAUUAUAUACCCAUCACCGUGCUGAUGUUUGGAGGGAACUCGCGCCACCUUUAAAUUCGAUGGAUUCGAUUAAUACACCCGGAGGGAACCGUCCUGCCGUGGAGACGUUUAGCUUUAUCCCGCGCGCCGGUAGCAUUAGUCUAGAUUGUUCGUAAAAGCGAAAGUAAUCGAGAAGAAAUUUAUUCGUUGGCACAUACCCGCAUCAAGAAUAGCCACUUAAGGAUAGGUUUCAUUCGUUGUGAUUGUUGGCUACUGUUGUUGUCGAGCGUUGGAAGAAAGCUCCCGGGAAAUAUUGGGUUCGAUUAGUUUAGGUUUUGUUCUAGUUUAAGCAACAAAAAAAAAAGAUGAUGCACGUGCAGACAGUCAAACUGAAGCGAAUAUUUGUACAGAGUCACAGAGCGUUGAUAUCUUCCCGCUGCACGCAAGAAUGUCUCUCAAAAAGGGUUUUGCACCGAAAUACGACGGGUCCAUUUCUACGCAAGAUCACCUCUUGAAGAUCUUCCUUCUCCCGUGUGAGAAAUACCAUUACUAUAUUGAAAAACCAACUUCAUGUGACCGUGGUGACUUCCAUAAAUCCAAAGAGAAACGUUAGAAAACUCCAUUCCACACUCCAACCAGUUGUGGAAUUAAUACGUGACCGAAUGCCCUGACUGACUGACUGACGAACUUCCCCAACGCGUGCAACGUGCCGAGUCCCUGGGCACCCUGAUUGAUGGCAGUAAUUUUCAUUGCGAACGUUCCUUCGCUCGUCCAUCAACUAGCCCUCCGUAUGGGCCUCCACCAGCUAGAACCACUUGGAGCACCAGCACUAGCAAACCUUGGACCACGUAAAGCGAUUUACACGGAUUUAAUUGCAAAUCCACCAAGAAGUAGGACAUUGUUAGCUCUGUUGUGGUGCGUUCCACAUUGGCAAAGUGUCGCGGUGGAGGUGUUGUUAAUUAUUAGGUCACACAACAUAACUGAGCUGAAGGAUGGAUAGGCACAGGCGGUGUAGAAUUCCCACCAGGCGUUUUGAAAUCUUCGCAUGACGGUGAGUUUGACUCUGUUUUUUUGUCCUCCAAAAUAGUGCACAAAGUCCACCAUCCAAAAAACGAACCAUUUAGAAUCGGCUCGCUUGUACAGUAGAAGGGGUGGAACAAAAGGGCAGGAAAAUAAUGCCAGCAGCACCAUCAACAUCAGCUCCGAUGUUUCUCAGAUAGUUUAUACUAUUAGACGCACAUAAUGUUAUAGCAACCGUACUAACGUAACGCAACUCUUUCAGUGCCGCAAACCGAGCACACUGGAAACAUUUACCCACCAGCAAACAGCAAAAGCAAACACGUUUAAAGUAUGUAGUACGAUAUUGGGAGAUUAAAUCAAAACCCUUACACUGUCACUUUUCCCUCCGCCGAAAGCCAGAUGUAAACUCGAAAUAGAACAAUUUAAUAACUACGCCCAGUAAACUUGGUAGAUAGAUAGUAAUGGCAGGUAACUUCACCAAUUUUAACAAACUCUAAAGCAAAUGAAAAGGAUAACAAGUUGAAAAGCCGAACAGCAACAGUUACAAGUAAAGGUAAUUAACCUAACGUCUACU